GGAAGGACACGGUAGGUCCUGGGACGUGCCUGACCCCCUCUUUUCUCCUUUCCGCCAGGGCUCGCCAAGCCCAUCGGUCUGGUGGAGGGGCCGGGCAGCCUGGGCCAGGGCGGCAUGGCGGCCACACUGCGUGACAACAGCCAGGAGACAGAGGGCAAGUUCGAGGAAUAUGGGUACAACGCGCAGCUCAGCGACCGCAUCUCCCUGGACAGGACCAUCCCUGACUACAGGCCCAAAAAGUGCAGACAGAUGACCUACUCGGACGACCUGCCCCAGAUCUCCGUGGUGUUCAUCUUUGUCAAUGAAGCCCUCUCGGUCAUCCUGCGCUCCGUCCACAGCGUGGUCAACCUCACGCCCUCCCAGCUCCUCAAGGAGGUCAUCCUGGUAGACGACAACAGUGAUAACGUGGAACUCAAGCUCAACCUGGACCAGUACGUCAGCAAGAGGUACCCAGGCCUCGUGAAAAUCGUCCGAAACAGCAGGAGAGAAGGCCUGAUCCGGGCUCGGCUGCAGGGCUGGAAGGUCGCCACGGCCCCUGUCGUGGGCUUCUUUGACGCCCACGUGGAGUUCAGCAUGGGCUGGGCCGAGCCCGCCCUCUCGCGGAUCCGGGAGGACCGGCGGCGCAUCGUCCUGCCGGCCAUCGACAACAUCAAGUACGACACGUUUGAGGUGCAGCAGUACGCCAGCGCGGCCCACGGCUACAACUGGGGGCUCUGGUGCAUGUACAUCAUUCCGCCCCAGGACUGGCUGGACCGCGGCGACGAGGCAGCGCCCAUCAGAACCCCGGCCAUGAUCGGCUGCUCCUUCGUGGUGGACCGGGAGUACUUCGGGGACAUCGGCCUGCUGGACCCGGGCAUGGAGGUGUAUGGUGGGGAGAACAUCGAGCUGGGCAUGAGGGUGUGGCAGUGCGGCGGCAGCAUGGAGGUUCUGCCCUGCUCCCGCGUGGCCCACAUCGAGCGUACCAAGAAGCCCUACAACAACGACAUUGACUACUACGCGAAGCGCAACGCCCUGCGGGCGGCCGAGGUGUGGAUGGACAGCUUCAAGUCCCACGUAUACAUGGCCUGGAACAUCCCCAUGAGCAACCCCGGCGUGGACUUCGGGGACGUGUCCGAGCGGCUGGCCCUGCGCCAGAGGCUGAAGUGCCACAGCUUCAAGUGGUACCUGGACAACGUGUACCCGGAGAUGAGGACCUACAACGACACGCUCACGUACGGAGAGGUGAGAAACAGCAAAGCCAGCGGCUACUGCUUGGACCAGGGGGCAGAAGACGAUGACCGUGCCAUCCUGUACCCCUGCCACGGGAUGUCCUCCCAGCUGGUGCGGUACAGCGCCGAGGGCCUGCUGCAGCUGGGCCCCCUGGGCUCCACCGCCUUCCUGCCCGACUCCAAGUGCCUGGUGGAUGACGGCAGGGGCCGCACGCCCGCCCUGAGAAAGUGUGAGGACGUGGCCCGGCCAGCGCAGCGGCUGUGGGACUUCACCCAGGGCGGUCCCAUCGUGAGCAGAGACACGGGCCGGUGCCUGGAGGUGGAGAUGUCCAAGGACGCCAACUUCGGGCUGCGGCUGGUGGUGCAGAGGUGCUCGGGGCAGAAGUGGACCAUCAGAAACUGGAUCCAGCCAGGGCGGCACUGACCCCCAGGCUCACCCUGUGCCCCCGCCCCAGCGCAGACCCCGAGGACCUGGGGCAGGCGUGGGGCCCCUCCCACUUAGCCCACCACUGGAACCCAGAGGGCCCUGGCCGUGCCCGCACCACCUCGGGGGGGGGGAACCUGUCCUCAGCUGCCGGCGGGUCCUGGGGACAUGGGGACCUCCCCCGCUCCAGGAGCACGGACCCCCCGCAGCUGGCGGCUCUGCCUGAGCGCAUCAGCUGACCGCCAACUCCAGAUCCGAAUCACGUGCCUUUUCUACGGUAUUCCUGUCGAGCCGCCAGUGGCCACCUCCUUGCAUGUGCUGAAGCUCCCGUCCAUCCCCCAGGCAGCAACAGCCCCCUGUGAACUCCGAGCUCCUGACCUCUCCGCCCCUUGGCGGGGCUGCCCUGGUGACCACCUCCAUCUAAACCGAGCGGAGCAGGGCUCUCCCUGGCUGGUGAGGGGGGAUGGGGACAGCAGCUGCAGUGGCCUCAAAGACACCCCCCCGGCAGCGCUCGUGCGAGGAGACUGACGUGACUGCUUCAGUCCAGUAAAGAGUGAUUAAACCAUACAGACCUGAUGUCUCGUCCACAGGAGCCAGAGCUGGUCGGCCGUCCAGGGAGGCACCCUGUUCUAGCGGCUCACCGGGGGCCAGGCACCUCUUGUGUUGCUCUAAG